AUGAUCCUGAUGACACACAGCACACGAGCUAUGGCACCACAUGUUUUAAAAGAAUAUUGGAUUGGAUGCCAUGGGAAAAUUAAAGACGGUGGGAGUGGUGUAUCAUCUCUCUAUGAUGUUCAGGACAUUGCUACAGCCUUCAAAAAGACCAAACCAGUUGCAUUAAAAGCACGUGUGACUGUGAAUGAACACUUGAAAGUCACUGCUUUUCACUCGGGUCAUGUAGCAGGUGGUUGUGCUUUUUACUUGGAAAUUGGAACCACGACUGUGUUAUUUGCCAAUGAUUUUAACCUAACAGGUGGACGCGUAUUACUACCGGCACAGAUCCCAAGAUUAGAGCCUAAUGUACUUAUCACACGCAGCUCAUUUGCUGUAACAGUGUCGGAGACGCAAAGUGCUAUGGAGAGAGAGCUUGUGAAAGUUGUUUUAGAGUGUCUUAGCUCCAAUGGUAAAGUGGUGAUUCCGAUUUACCGGCUAGGAUACUUCCACGAACUCAUCACUAUUUUGUUGGAGCAUUGGCAGCAAAUCAAGGAUGUUGGUGGUAAGGCAGCGCAGUGUCCUAUCUACUUAUCAAACGCAGCAAUGGAGUAUCCGAGCAAAUACUUGCCUCUACUGUCGCGCACAUGUACACCUGCUAUGCAGAAUUUGCUACGUGACAAGUCGCCAAAUGCUUCUGACUUGCAAGUGUUUGAUUGGAAUCGACUUCAGCAACCAGGACCAUUUGUACUGUUUACGGGACCUGCUAAUAUUUCUCAGGGUGAUUCGUUGCGUGCUAUUAAGGCGGUCGCGAACGAUCCAAUGAAUCUUAUUGUUCUCUCAGAAUAUUGCACACCCGGCACAGUAAAUUAUUUGCUUUAUGCUGAUACGGAACGGAAGCGUGUGAGUAAGCGACUGGGAGUGAAUGUGGAAUGCGGAGUGCAUUACCAGCCUUGCGGAGACGAAGUGGAUGCCAAGAGCAUUGUCCAGCUUGUGUCACAUGUAGCGCCCCGCCAAGUCAUUCUCGACUACAGUGUUGCAGACGAUCUGGAGUUUGUCAAGACACAUGUCCAUAAUCAGCUGAAGGUGGACUCUGUUGUUGACACGAGCAUUGUGGUGGCAGGAAUUAAUCCUACAGGGCGAACACCUAUUGAACCUGCCCGAGACAUUCCGAUGCGUAUCCAUAAGGCUAUGUUCAAUAACCCCUCAGACGUGCAUGGAAUGUUGAUUGCCGAGCCCAAGCGCAAGAUGGUGUUAGUGUCGAGCGGUAAUGGUGCACGGCGCUUGAAAAAGAAGAAGCACUCGCUUUUCUUUUCUUACUCCUGGAAAAAGCCAUUUGAACCCUGUCAUCGUGUAAAGAAGAAAAGCUGUCGCCCUGCGUCAGCAUUGUCUUUUCUUCUGUCAGCAGCAGUCGGGUCGGCUGAUGAAGAGGAAGAAAACGAGCAGCAACCUCAAGCAAAUGUGGAUCUGCUUCUGCAUUCACUGGAAGUCAGUCUGACCAAAUGGCUUCGCCAUCUGCCUAUCGAAAAGAUCGAUCGUUGGCUGAAGCUUCGAACAGUAGGGGUGGCAGUGUCUGCCGAAUGGGAAGUUCACAUGGAAUGGUCUUACGAUGACGAAGCUUUGGCUGGGCGCGUGCUAGGCAUUGCAAAGCAAGUCGUCCACGCAGAAUACAAAAAGCAACUAGCAAAGUAG